AUGCAAAACCAGAGUUUUGUCACUGAGUUUAUACUCCUGGGACUUUCACAGAAUCCCCAUAUUGAGAAAAUAUUAUUUCUUUUAUUUUUAUUGGUCUAUCUUGCAACUGUUGUGGGUAACAUGGUGAUUGUGGUGACCAUUAUCUACAGUCCUGCACUGCAGAGCUCCCCUAUGUACUUCUUCUUGGCAUUCCUAUCAUUCCUGGAUGCAUGUGUCUCUUCUGUUGUCACACCAAAGAUGAUUGCAGAUUUGGUUUAUGAGAGGAAGACCAUCUCCUUUGAAUGUUGCAUGACACAGGUCUUUGCUUCACACUUUUUUGCUGCAGUGGAAGUCAUCAUCCUGGCAGCCAUGGCCUAUGACCGCUAUGUGGCCAUUUGCAAGCCACUGCACUACUCUUCCAUUAUGAACAGGAGACUCUGUGGUGUUCUGGUAGAGGUGGCCUGGGCGGGAGGACUCUUACAUUCUACCAUACAAAUUGUCUUCACUUUGCAAUUGCCCUUCUGUGGACCCAAUGUCAUUGAUCAUUUCAUAUGUGACUUGUUCCCAUUGCUGAAGCUUGCUUGCACUGACACACACAUUUUUGUCAUUUUGGUGUUUGCCAACAAUGUAGAAAAAAUUAAUGGAAGCAAGCAGAAAAUCUUUAUCAAGAUUGAUGGAUCCUAUACCAUAAAAAAUAUAACACAUAUAUCUUUAGAGUAUUUCCAGAACUGGAACAAGAUGAACACAAGUGUUUGA